AUGUACAGGGAAGCAUUGUGGGAAGAAGGUAAUGAGAGCUAUGAAGGAGAAUUCAUCUUACUGGGAGUGGCUGACCGCCCACGCUUGGAGAUGUUGCUCUUUGCCAUUAUCCUGACCUGCUACAUGAUGAUCCUCUUGGGAAACACAACCAUCAUUGUGGUGUCACGACUGGACCCCCAUCUCCACACCCCCAUGUAUUUCUUCCUCAGCAACCUCGCCUUCCUUGAGCUCUGUUACACAACCAGCCUUGGACCACAGAUGCUGGUGACCUUCUGGAAGAAAAAGAAGUCUAUCUCCUAUGGUGGCUGUGUGGCUGAACUGUACAUCUCCCUUGGUUUGGGCUCCACAGAAUGUGUCCUUUUGGCUGUCAUGGCCUAUGACAGAUAUGCUGCAGUCUGCCAUCCGCUGCGCUACACUACCAUUAUGAGCCACUCAGUAUGUUUCUUAAUGGCUGCCAUCGCCUGGCUUUUUGGCUUCAGUAAUUCACUAGUGCACACAGUGAUGACUCUUCGGCUUCCACGGUGUGGAGAGAACCGAAUAGACCAUUUUUUCUGUGAGGUUCCAGCCUUAAUCAAACUGGCCUGUGUUGACGCCUCCUUCAACGAGGCUUUGCUUGUUGGUUUUAGCACAGUGGUCCUUAUAGUGCCACUUGGCCUCAUUAUGGUCUCUUAUAGCUAUAUUGUGGUUGCUGUAUUGAGGAUCCGCUCAGCAGAGGGCAGGCAGAAGGCCUUCAACACCUGUGCUUCCCACUUGAUUGUGGUGUCGCUCGUUUAUGGGACGGCCACCUUCAGCUACGUCCAGCCAGCGUCCAACUAUUCCCGUGAUCAGGGCAAGAUGGUUUCCCUUUUCUAUACAUUUGUUAUCACCAUGCUCAAUCCCCUAAUCUAUACCCUGAGGAACAAAGAGGUGCACAAAGCUCUAAGAAGACUGACGAAGAGAACUUAACACCAAU